CGCGCGCGCCGAGGAAAACGUUGCGCAGGUUCAAAAAUGGAACGUCGGCGGCGUGAGGGAGCGCAAGGGGGUGUGCGCGCGUGCGCGUGCGCGUGCGCGCCCGGGCGAGGGUGACUGGGACCCCGCCGGCCCGAGCAUCGCGCGCCGCAGCCGCGGCCCCGCAGCUCCGCCCCCGGCCCGGCCCGGCCCGGCCCCGGGCCCGCUCGCCCGCCGCCCCGCAUGGAGCUGUCAGCCAUCGGCGAGCAGGUGUUCGCCGUAGAGAGCAUCCGGAAGAAGCGCGUGCGGAAGGGUAAAGUCGAAUAUCUGGUGAAGUGGAAAGGAUGGCCCCCAAAGUACAGCACGUGGGAACCGGAGGAGCACAUCCUGGACCCCCGCCUGGUCAUGGCCUAUGAGGAGAAGGAGGAGAGAGACCGAGCAUCGGGGUAUAGGAAGAGAGGUCCGAAACCCAAGCGGCUUCUGCUGCAGCGGCUGUACAGCAUGGACCUGCGGAGCUCCCACAAGGCCAAGGGCAAGGAGAAGCUCUGCUUCUCCCUGACGCGCCCACUCGGCAGCGGGAGCCCCGAGGGGGUGGUCAAGGCGGGGGCACCCGAGCUGGUGGACAAGGGCCCCUUGGUGCCCACCCUGCCCUUCCCGCUCCGCAAGCCCCGCAAGGCCCACAAGUACCUGCGGCUCUCACGCAAGAAGUUCCCGCCCCGCGGGCCCAACCUGGAGAGUCACAGCCAUCGACGGGAGCUCUUCCUGCAGGAGUCAGCGGCCCCGGACGUCCUGCAGGCGGCCAGCGAGUGGGAGCCUGCUGAGCAGCCCCCUGAAGAGGAGGACGCAGAUCUGGCCGAGGGGCCCCCCUCCUGGACACCCACGCUCCCCUCAAGUGAAGUGACAGUGACCGAUAUCACCGCCAACUCCAUCACCGUCACCUUCCGCGAGGCCCAGGCAGCUGAGGGCUUCUUCCGAGACCGCAGCGGGAAGUUCUGAAUCACCAUUUUUACUCUUCUUCAACUGUUUUCUUUUGGGCUUGGGGUGGGGACUUCCAGAAAUGGGGAGGGGUUGGGGUGGGUAAUUAUUUUAUUUAAAGAAACAUUGACGAGGAGAAGGGGGGAAGAUCCCAGCACUCUCCCACCGCCCCGCCCCUUUCUCUGUGCGGACGUUUACAGGGCGGCCUUGGGUCUGUGUCAGGGCUGGGCCUGGGGAGGCCUGGCACUGCUCUGUCACUUGGGGUACCAUCUCCAGGGUAGGAUGGGGACAGGACCAGCCUCCCCCGGACACCUCCAUCACCAUUCUUCUCUAGAGAGACAGCAGCUGGUCCCCAGGACUAAAGGAGGAUGGGAAGGCCUGAACCCUCCCCUUAAGCAGCCCACCCCAGCCUUUCUGGUUGGUUUCCCCUUUGCCUUUUUGUGUGUGUGUGUUUGGGGAGGGGUCUUUAUUUUUAACUUUCCACUCCAGCUUUGCGGGGGGAUAUGGAGGCUGGCUUUGACCAGAAGUGAUUGGGUCACAGAGCUAAGGGGCUGGGAAGGGUUUGAGAUUGCUGGGCACGUCCCACCCCUUCAGAAAGGUCUCUCCUUUCCCCUGGGGGCAGCUGCCAGCUAAGCCCCUUCCGCUGAGAGCUACCCGCCCCAGCUCCAUCGCCUGGCCCGUGCAAACUGCUCACUUGCACACCCAGCCCUGCAGGUGUGUGCACACGGCCCCUCGCGCCCUCAUGACUGCAUGCACCGGUCCGCAGACGUGUGCAGCGGGUCUUGCAAGCCUCCUGACCGGGUGGACGGGGCGGGGUGGCGGGGGAGUGAUUCACAGCACAGAAGAGCUUGCUGUAGGCAGCCCCGCUCAUCCCACCUUGCACAGCACUUCGCCUGACAGGACCUAUCCGAGUCAGCGUGGAUAGCUGUCAGUGGAGGGCAAGGCUCCGGCCAGGGGGCAGCUGGAUGGCCUCCGACGCUCCAGGCGUGCGGAUGAAGUCUUGUGGUGUCACCUGGGUAGCCACGGGCGUGCAAGCGUGUGCAUGUGUGCUGUGCAACGGCGCGAGCUCUGAGGCACUUAUGCCCUGUCCCCCCACCCCCGGGGCUCCUGUUCUCUCUGACUCAGGUGACUUUCCAGCCCUUCUGUCUCCCCUCUUUUUCUGCCCUCCCCUUCAACUCAGCCAACCAGACAUGGGCGUGGGUGGUCAGGGAGGGAGGAAGCGUCCCACCACCUUCUCAGGGCAGCCCUCGACUCCUGACACCCUUCCUCCUUCCAUUCUGGGUCUCCCCCGCAUCCACCCUCAGUGCUGCAGCUGGGACUAACCUUGUUUCUCUGCGGCGGGACCUCUGCCAUGUCUUCCUGUGGUCGGGCUGUAGUGGGUGAUGGGUCAGGCUGUGCACGAGCCCCCCACCCUGGCAGGGGCCUGUGUCUGCCAGAAGAGGGGCGCUCUGUUUCUGGUUUGCACAGACGUGCCCUGUGGACUAGUGGCUCCCCUGGCAGUAAGGAGUGACUUCUCCCCUAUCCUGGUCCUGCAGGGGAGAAAAAGCCAGAUUGGGGGUGGGCCCCAGGGGAGCAAGUGAAAGGCUGGCCCCCUCGCCUCUCCCCAUUGUCAGACCAGGCACUCAGGUCCCUCCCCCGGGGCUGUCUCCAUGCUCUGCUGUGUCCUGAGGAAGUGGGCAGAAUCCUGCUGAGGCUCGACUAGGGCAGUUCUUCCCCCAGACUCCUCUUCCCAAGUUCCCAAACCAAAGACAGCCUGCACCCCAUUUUUGUUUGGGGUGCCUUGCUGGCAAGAUCCCAGAUCCCUGAGUGUCUGUCUCCCCUUUCUCCUUAAUCCUUCGUUGUCCAGGGUCAAUUCAGUGCUUCCAUUGGGGGAUGGCUUCCUCCCCCCCACCCCAUGACUUGAUUCACCCCCAGGCUAGGGGGUUGUGUCUAGGGGAGUCUGGGGGUGGACCAGGGAACGAAGGGGCAGUGGGGAACCUCCCCAGCUGUGGGACCCUGGGGAGGGGAAGGGCAGCCUGAGUGGGAAGCUGUCCCAGAUCAGGGGCUCCCGGCAGAGGGGAGGGUGGUGGGCAGGGGUGUCGCGCUGACGGAAAGCUGUGGGCCCUGGCUUGGGACUCGGCUGGCUUCAGCUUCCAAGAGAAGUCACACUCCGCAGCCCCAGGGGAUACGUGGCCUCCUCCUGCCUCACUUUGAAGAGCUGUUUGUGUAGUUUGUGGGUCUGGGGCCUCUCUUGUGGGGUGAGGCAGCUGCCACAGAGGAGCACUUCUAGCCUCUCUCAGCCCUUCACAGCCCGCAGGGCGCCCUGCUCUCUGGAGGGCCGGACCUGGGAGCGGAGGCUCCCUGGGGGAAGGGCUGCAGGCUGUUAGGACCUUCCUGCCCAGGACCCAGGACGGUGACCUCUGUGAGGGGCUGGAAGUGGCCUUGCAGGACUCCUCCAGCCCUGAGCGUCCCAGAGGGCCUUGGGGUGAGAGGGGGCAAGGUGGGCACGACCUCCCACCCCACUGCCACCCGAGAAGGCCAGUACUCACUUGGGGGUGGGCGUUGAAAAGGUUGGACCACCUGCCUUUCCUUCCCCCAGCCCCACCUGUUUUGAAUGUAGAGAGACCGGUUGGUACUUUUCUUUUGCUGUGGGGUGGGGCGAGGGGCAUAUUCUCCGCCCGUGGCGCGGCCACUUGGGAAUCACAGCCGCUCUUAGGAUGGUGGUCCCUCCACCAGCUUCCCCCUGGCUCCUGCCCUGGGGAAGGGCGCUUGGCUUGUCAGGUGGUUUCGCUUUUGCUUUAUAACUGGCCAGCCUGGCCUCCGGGUCUCAGCACAAGAACGCUUCCUUUGCACAGAAUGAGCGUCGAGCUUUGUUCAGACUAAAUGAAUGUAUUUGGGAGGGGUUGGGGGCGCGAGUCAAUUCCAAGCACACGCCGUUUCAGAGUGAGUGUGUGCGGGGAGAGCUAGAGCAGAUGCAGAGCGUGGUUUUAUUUUUGUACUGAUAUUGGUAAGAGACUGUAUAGCAUCUAUUUAUUUAGAUGAUUUAUCUGGUAAAUGAGGCAAAAAAUAUUAAAACUACAUUAAAGAUGAUUUUAAAAAAAA